UAGAGCAAGUGUCUGAUAAAAAAAUGAUGUGGUUAGCAUUCAUAGCUUUUGUGUGCGUGAUAGAGCACAGUGUCGCACAACAACGGUACAUUCAAGUUCAAAACCAAAAUAAUUUUCCAAUCUGGAUGGAAGAACAAGACAACACCGAUCAACCCCAAUUGGCACCUGGUAUUAUUAAAAUCAAUCCGGGUGAUUCGACGACUUAUUCUAUUCCUGAUUCUGGUUGGAGUGGAAGACUAUGGCCAAAAAGUGGUUGUGACGAUUCCGAUGCAAAUUGUGAAAUCGGCCAAUCAGUGCCACCAUGCCCUGAUGGCGGUUGUCAACCUCCCAGCGAGACAAAAGUUGAAUUUUUCUUUCCACAAAUAAGUAGCGGCACUGCGUAUUAUGACAUCAGUUUGGUGGAUGGAUUUUCUCAGGCCUGUAAGAUAACACCGUACAGAGGUGGUCAACCGGUACAAGAUGGUUCUUGUAUUGAAACCGAUUGUCAUCUUCUUUUGACCAACUGUCCACAAAACGAACAGAGUGACUUGGGCGAUUUAGCUGUAUAUGGUAGAAGUAAUAAUGCUGUUUCUUGUUUGUCACCAUGCAAAAAAUGGAACUAUCCUCCACCUUACGGUUUCGGUCGAAAUGAGCAAGACGGAGAUGGACGCUUGCUUUGCUGUCCCAGUCCAGUUACAGCCGAGGAGUGUCGAAGUGGAAUUGUUGAAGAAACAAAUUACGUUCAACUUGUUCAUCGUGAUUGUCCAACUGCGUACAGUUUUUCGUAUGAUGACGAAGGUGGACUACACAAUUGUCCAUCUGACACAAGUUUUAGUGUUGUUUAUUCCUCAUAAAUGCAAACCUAUCGGACAAGUUUACCAUAUUAGACUGAAAUAAAUAAUCAAACAAUGGGUUCGUGUUGUGGCAAACAAAAAAAUUACAAAACAUCUCGAGCUGAAAAUGUAUCAUCAAAAGCGAACACCACUAAUAAUAGAAUGAGGCAAUCAUACCACGGAACUUCAUCCGAUAUCGGCAAUGAUUAUACAACACCAGUGUAUGGCGUUGAUACGAGCUAUAGCACGCAAAGUCACGAUAAUAGUGAAUAUGUUCCAAUAACAACACAUUCACAUCAUGGCCAACAUGAAACAUCUUCUAAUCAUCAUCAUUCGUCCAAUGAUGAUCACGGAUUAUCGUCUUCUAAUCAUCAUAAUUUGUCCAGUAAUGAUGACGGAUUUUCAUCAUCUAAUCAUCAUUCGAGUAGCUCUGACCAUCAUACUUCCACACAUCAUUUUAGUUCGCAGGAUCAUGGAACUAGCUCGAAUGACCACGGAAGCAGUUCGUAUGAUUGUGGUGGUGGUGGAGACAGCGGCGGUGGUGACUGUAGCGGUGGAGAUAGCGGGGGUGGUGGUGGCGGUGAUGACUAAUUGAUUAAUUUAAUUGAUUAAAUUAUGUUAAUUAUUCAAUUGUGCCAUAAUAUGCUUCAAAUUAAAUGUCAUUCAAAUGCAACUCCAAAUGGCAAAUUUAUUUUUAUGGCACUUUUUUACAUCUUCAUUAUAUAUUCUAAGAAUUGUUCUUACCGAUUAUUAUCUGCUCUAAAUACAUAAUUCAAGAUCUGAAACUCAAAUCAAUAAUUGUAUGAACGAGGUUAAAUAAGACAAAUUUGAUUACAAUCGGAAUAGUUACUUACAAAUGACUCUUUGAAAUGAGCAAAAAACUUAUGAACAUUUGUUUCAAGCAAAUUGUUUAUCGCAAACAUUUUGUAAUUAGUCACAAUUUUUCUAAAGAAUGAACUUGAUAAGAUUUUGUAUAAAAUGAUCUUGUGUCGGAAGCAAAUAAUCUGAAUAAAACAAAAAAAAAA